AUGAAGGCUCUCAGGUCCAAGCAAGACCAUGAAGACCGGCCACGCAAGAAAAUGCUUUUGUCCAGCCGGGCGAACCCUCCGAAGCCGCUGAAACUGGCUGGUCCCGGACUACAUGUAUCGCUCAAAAGCCUGCUGCCAUCGACCCCGAUUCCCUCUCCUUCACUCCCGUCGAUCCUCCCCCGCCAUGGCAAGAAGCCUCCCAAGCUCAACUCACGCAGACUCGUCCGCGCCAUCUUGUGGCUCUCCGUCCUCAUUGGAGUCUACUACUUGGCCACGUUCGCGUUCGCGUCUACGUCCACGUCCGGUGGGACAAGAAAGCCUCGUCUCACGGGACUGACCUUUCUGACCUCCUUCGGCAAGACGUACGAGAUCGUCGAGGCGUUGGAGUUGCCCGACCAUCCAACGCCACUAGCCCUGGCAGACGGCGAGGGCAAGCAUCAUUGGACCAUCUCCAUCCCUUCGGGCUUGGGGUUCCCCCUUGCAUCUUCUGUCUAUGCAGACAUCUGCUCUCAGGCGGACGAAGUGGCCCGUCAGGUGGGCGGGCGCGGGCGACGCCAGAACACCAGGCACGGCGACUACAUGCAACACGACGCCCACUUUCUGGACGUGCAUGAAGCUCAGGCCCGUCACUUCCUCCCCAGAGACCGAGAGACAGGAAAGGACUGGGACUCGGCUCCUCAGGCUGCGGCCGAACCCAACCAACCCCCGUCCCCUGGGCGGGCCGUCUGCAACAAGACGCUGACUUAUGUCUUGGACGCCACCGAUGCCGGCCUGGGCUCGGCCUUGCUGGGCAUGUGGCUCUCAUACGGGCUCGCCGAACGAGAAGGCCGCUCGUUCUUCAUCGACGACACCAACUUCCCGUACGGCAACUACAGCACAUUUUUCGUGCCGCCCGCACCGCCCGCGUGCCGGUUGCCGCCGCCGUCUCACCGCGUUCCAUGCCCGCACCAAGCCAGCCAUCUGGUGGUGUCGGCCGCCACGGCCAGGUGGACGUUCGGCGCCGCGUUCCACGAACACCACCCGCAACGCGACAUCUACGAGAUGGCACGGAGCGGCUUCGAAGCGCUGUUCAAGCUGCGCAAGGAGGAUGACGACUACGUGCGGGCGCGCGCGGCCAAGCUGAGGACGGGGCCGGGGCCCACGCCCGCCCACGGGCUCGAGAACGGCCUGCUGGGCAUCCACAUUCGCCGCGGCGACCGCCACCCCUACGAAUUCGCCUACCAGCUCGGCUACCUGCCGCCGGACAGGUACCUGGCCGUGGCGCGCCGGCUGGUCGGCCAGUCGGAGCGCUGGAAGCUGAUGCUCGCGUCCGACGACGCCGACAUGUACGACCACAUUGAACUGCCCGACACCAUCCGCGCCCAGCAGCGCAUCUCCCUGGCCAGCAAGAAAAGCCUGGGCAGUGGUGGCCUCGGAUGGGAACGCGGCUUCUUCACCGACGUCUUCUGGAGCCUGGGGCUUCCCACCCACGGGCCGGAACAGAGACGCCUCGGGUCGCCGGCGCCCAGCAGGGCGAAGCCAAAUCCUAACCCAAACCCUCACUCCUCUGCCACCCAGGCCAACGAUAUACAAGACUAUCGGACCAAUCCGACCAAGGAAGCUCUCCAGUUGAGGGAACUCCUCGGAAGAGCUUAUCUCCUGGAUCUGGCCAUGUUGGCGCAAAGCGACAAGGUGGUCUGCGGAGUAUCGAGCAACGCGUGCCGCAUUCUUGCCGUCAUGUUGGGCUGGGAGAGGGCUUUCGAAAAUAACGAUUGGACGAAUGUUGAUGGGAACCACGGCUGGAGAGCUCUCGACUAUUAA